UAUGCCAUACACCACUUUAGAGCUGCCAUAACUGAUUGGAGUCAGGGGUAUAAAUUCAGACAGCAAAAAAAUUCUCAUGUGAACAGCAGUAUAAAAAUGUAGUAACAAGCAACUCCGUUAGCACCUCGUUUGUAUGACACAAAAUAAGUUGCUUGUGUGGGAGGCAGGUCAGUAUUACAUAGAGCUGUAACUGCUGCUGCAGGGUAAUAAAGAACUAAAACUGCACCCUAGAGACUGAAUUAUCAUGGAAAUUGAAGAACACUGGUUUGUCUUUGCCAAUCACUGAAUUUUCUACUCCCUUGCACUUUAAUAACUGCUAACUAGUGAUCUUCCAGUUCUGUCUCAGUUCAUGAGAAUGGUAUAGCUCACAUUGCCUGCACCGCUUCCUAAAAAUUAGUACUAUGAGUGGACACUCUUGAGUUAAACCACCCAUUUGACCUUGGUGCCAUAAACCUCUAUGAGAAGUGCAUAUACUGUCUGUAAUUUAAUGCACACUACUGAUUAAGGAUGCAGAGCUAUUCUGAAGUAACAACAAACAAUUCCAUCAAUUCUACACGUUGGUGACAAGGUAAAAGAGUGCAUCGCAAUUUACUCUUUCCAGAGGGGAAGGAGCCGAGUAUGGGACAUUGUUCUUAGACAAUUGGACUAGGGAGGGGAUUUACACAAUGAAGGCACAUGGGCUGCUCUUCUCUGCCUGUACUCCCCUCCGCUGCCUGCCUGUGAGACACUGGAGCUCAGACGCUGCUUACAAGCCAAGUACUGAUGCAUGCAAGUGCUGGCAGUGCAUAUAGGAAGCCCCCUCCUUACUGAUUUUAUGUUUCUUAGGAGAUGAAAAUGCUGAAGGAGAAGGGGUGGGAGUAAAGUGAAGGGGAAGAGUUGUGAGCUGAAAAGAGAAAGUAGGAGGAGAGAUUGCUUGGAAACUCUUGGACUCCUUUUUAUCCAUGGGCUGUACUGCUGCCAGAGAGUCUGUGCUAGCUGAUCCUUCCACUGCGGGACUAGGCCGGGCUGAGGUGAUGGAGGACAGUGGCAGAGGUGGCAUGAGUGAGGCACAGGAGCUGCUGUGAGGUUGAUGGCAGCAAAGGGAGAAGGUGGAGCAGAAGGAGGAGAAGCAGCUGCAGCCUGCUGUAUGGAGCAGGGGAGGCGGAGAGAUGCAAGGGAGGUGCAAUGAGCAUUGACAAGCUGGCAGCUCAGACACUGCUGUACUGUACAGGCUGCUCCAACCUCCCUCUGUCCGGCAACUUUUACUCCUAACAAAUCCUGAGACGCCGGCGUGUGUAGGGCUGCCAGCAGGGAAGGUACUGGUGAUAGCCACACAUUUGUCUCCUUGUCAUUAGCAUCCCCAUUAGCCUCUCUCUCUAGUCGUUAGAUGAGGAUUUGCUAGAAGUCUGUGUGCAUCUCUAACACCUUCACACUGUUUGAAUCACUCUGCAAGUGGAUGUGGAGAAUGGCUGUGAGGUCUAGGAGACAGUGGAUGAGUGUGAUAGUUGGUUUGGUCCUGGGAUUUACAGCAGCUUCUUGGCUGAUCGCCCCAAAAGUAGCAGAGAUGAGUGAGAAGAAAAGAAGAUCCAAUGUCUGUGCCUAUUACAGAGGGGCUGCGGAGCGGGUGCAGGGUAUUCCUGGGGGCUUUACUAACCCCGCAAGGGGUGACCUCUGGCAUGGCAAGGUUAUGGUGGCUAACAGUAGCCCAGCUCCUACAAUAGAAGAGGAGGAAGAGCCAACAAAGAAAAAGAAAGAGAGCGGGGAAAGCAACAACACUAGCAGUAUCCAGGGUAACCACAGUGGCAGUGGGGGCUGGGGUCCCCCAAAAGAUACCCCAAGUAAUUUUCUCUACGUUGGAGUCAUGACAGCCAAGAAGUAUCUGGAUACACGGGCAGUGGCUGCCUACCGGACUUGGGCUCCUUACAUUCCAGGCAAGGUAGAAUUUUUCUCCAGCCAAGGCUCCGAAGAGGUGCUACUGCCUGAGCCAGUACCCGUCAUAUCCCUUCCUGGGGUAGAUGACUCCUACCCUCCCCAAAAGAAAUCUUUUAUGAUGAUCAAGUAUAUGCACGACAAUUACCUGGACAAGUAUGAGUGGUUCAUGAGGGCUGAUGACGAUGUUUACAUCAAAGGUGAAAAACUGGAGGUAUUUCUAAGAUCACUUAACAGCAGCAAGCCUCUGUACUUGGGACAAACUGGACUUGGUAAUAUAGAAGAACUUGGAAAGCUUGGCCUUGAACCUGGAGAGAAUUUUUGCAUGGGAGGUCCAGGAAUGAUCUUCAGCAGAGAGGUAUUAAGAAAGAUGGUACCACACAUUGGUGAAUGUCUGCGGGAAAUGUAUACAACACAUGAAGAUGUGGAAGUUGGUCGAUGUGUCCGGCGAUUUGGUGGAACCCAGUGUGUCUGGUCAUAUGAGAUGCAGCAAUUAUUCCAUGAAAAUUAUGAACACAACAGAAAAGGAUAUAUACAAGACCUUCACAACAGCAAGAUUCAUGGAGCAAUAACACUGCACCCCAACAAAAGGCCAGCAUAUCAGUACAGGCUUCAUAAUUACAUACUGAGUCGAAAGAUUUCAGAAUUACGGUUUCACACUAUCCAGCUUCAUAGGGAAAGUGUUCUAAUGAGCAAACUUAGUAACAGUGAAAUAAGCAAGGAAGAUCAGCAGCUUGGCAUGAUGCCAUCAUUCAACAGAUUUCAGCCACAGGAAAGAAAUGAAGUAAUUGAAUGGGAGUUUCUAACAGGGAAGCAUAUUUAUUCUAUGAAUGCAAACGCUCCACCAUGCCAGAGCUUUACUAACCUUUUAAAGGCAUCAUUAGAUGACACUGUAAUGCAAGUUAUGGAAAUGAUAAAUGAGAACUCUAAAUCUAGAGGAAGAUUAAUAGAUUUCAAGGAAAUCCAGUAUGGCUACCGCAGAGUUCACCCUUUGUAUGGGGUAGAAUUUAUAUUGGAUAUGUUGCUUUUAUACAAAAGACACAAGGGAAGAAAGCUCACAGUACCUGUAAGACGUCAUGCCUACCUUCAACAAUCAUUUAGCAAGCCUUUCUUUAAAGAAGAAGAGGAACUGGAUGUACAGAGUGUUUUGCAAAGCAUUAACACUGAUGCUCAGACAUUUUCUUUCUUUUCCAAUUCGUUAAAAAUGUUUUCUCUGCUCCAUGUCACCAAAGAAAUGAAAGCAAACAAUGACAAGAAAAUACAUUUUCUUGUUCCUCUCACUGGAAGAUUUGACAUUUUUAUGAGAUUUAUGGAGAACUAUGAAAAGACCUGCCUAAUCCCAAAGCAAAACGUUAAAUUGAUGGUCAUUCUUUUCAAUUCUGACUCAAGUUCAGAAUCCAAUAAGCACACUGAGUUAAUGACAGAAUAUCAAAACAAAUAUCCACAGGCAGACAUGAAUAUAAUGACACUGACAGGACAGUUUUCCAGGGGCCUAAGUCUUGACAAAGGCUCUGCUCAGUUUGAAAACAACACUUUACUGCUCUUCUGUGAUGUAGACCUUAUGUUCACCUCAGAUUUUCUUCAGCGAUGUAGAGAUAAUACUAUUCAGGGAAAGCAAGUCUAUUAUCCAAUUGUAUUUAGCCAGUAUGAUCCCAAAGUUGCAUAUGGUGGUAAUCCUCCAUCACCUAAUAACUUUGUUUUUACAAAGAAAACAGGAUUUUGGAGAGAUUAUGGCUUUGGAAUCACCUGUAUUUACAAGAGUGAUCUCUUAAACAUAGGUGGAUUUGAUACAUCCAUUCAAGGGUGGGGACUGGAAGAUGUUGACCUUUUUACUAAAGUAAUACAUUCAGGACUGAAAGCAUUCAGAAGUCAAGAAACAGGAGUGGUUCAUAUGUUUCACCCAGUUCAUUGUGACCCUAAUUUAAAUCCUAAGCAGUACAAGAUGUGCUUAGGUUCCAAAGCAAGUACAUUUGGAUCUGCUUCUCAAUUAGCAGAAAUCUGGUUAGAAAAACAUUUAGACGCUGGAUACAACAGAACUCACUCCUGACAUGUCAGCUUUUUCUCUAACUUUAAGGGGAGUUACCUCAUAUUAUUAUUUAGUUUUUGUCUUCAUUUCUUCCUUGUCCAUAAACUCCUCUAUGUCUUCCAAAGGAUAUCUGUCAAUCACAAAGAACUCUACUGAUUAUUAGUAUUUGAACUUCCUAUUAAAUAUGGGGGUUAUUUAUUUUUAUUUUGAAAUUUGGACAUGACUUUCCAUGUUAUGUUUUUUGAUCAAAUCUACAAAGGCUUAUCCCAGAGAACUCUUUUGAGCAAGGUGCAAUAUUGGUCAAUAUUGUGUUUGUUAAUGUGACAAAAUAUCUGUCAAUGGUACCACAAAAGUGCUUUAUACUUUCCUUGGGGAAGAGACAUUUGUUUUAUAAUUUAUACAAAAACAAAUAUAUAAAAACUACUUUUCUUAAAAAAAAAGUAAGAAUUAUGAUUGUAUCUUUAUUUUUUAAAAUGAAUUAAGACGUUCCUUUCAUGAGCAGUUGGUACUGGCUAUCAUGUUCUUGAAAGUAUAUAUCAAGUUCCCUAAGUUUUGUUGUUAAUACAAAUCAAGUUUAUUUUCUUCUUUUAUUCUUGGGAACACGGUAGUUUAAAAAAGGUGUGUACUGUGCAUUUUAGAAGUUUUUGUGAACCAUUGUCCUUAAUUUGCUGGCAAGAAGAUGAACUAAAUGGACAUAAGUUAGACAAAUGUUAGAAUUUUUUAUUUAAAAAAUGAAAAUGAUGCUUUCUUUUCUCUCGAUUUGUUUUACUUUUUUUGAGAAAAAAAUACAUCUUGUAUUUAUGCUGAUUUUCCUGUAUGAUUUAAUGUGAUAAACUAUUAGUCAUUUAAAGGAGCAGUGCUACUUAGUCUGAUUCCAAAACAUGUUAGUACUAUUUUUCAUCAGGUUACAACACUGUUUUAUUUCCUUACUUAAAAGUGUCCCAAAAGUUAUAUUCACAAAGUUUCUAAAGUAAGCGGCAAGGGAUUGAUGGAAUUGUAAAUGUAUAUCUUUAAGUGAAAUGUAUGGAAAACUAUUUCACUCAAGUUAUGACCCAUUUAAAAAUUGAAUGCAAUCUUUUCACAAAAGCCAUUUUAAAUUUCUAAGUCUUAAUAACAUGCUCAAUACUUAUAAAAGAGAUUUAUAAAUAAAAUGGUGGAAGACUUUCCAAUUUGAAUUUAGUGUGAAUAACUAGAAAAAUACAUGUACAGUGUAUUUCAAACAUUUGCAUGUAGAAGAAACUCUGAUCAUCAGAUCAUUGUGUACUGUCAACAAGUUCAUCCGGCAUUUAUCCUUAGAUCACCUACAUUCUAAAAAUCUAGAAGAAUUUUAUCCUCUGUUGCAUUGUGCCUGCCUUUCACUACAGGAUAUGUUCUGCAAUAGGCAGGGGUAUAAAAGAAUACUUAGGAACACGUUCAAUAUAAUGUAUCAAAACAACCUUCUAAAUAUCUACACUAUUUUAUAAGUACAAAAUCAUAGGAUUAAAACAAUUAAAACUGUGAAGUGCUCCCAAAGGAAAGUAGCUCCCACUAUGCCUGGAAAACUCCUGUACAAUUCCUAAUGAAGCCUGCAGUGGGAAUUACGUGAAAAAGUUGGUGUGUUCUCCUUUGUGGUACUCCUGCUAAGUGAGAAAACAGUUAUGGCAAUAAGUAUUAUUAUUGACUUUUUUUCAGUGACUUUGUCAGGAACUGUUGACUUUUGUUACCCAGUACUAUAUUUGUUAGAUGAAUCCACCUUGGCACACAGCCUUAUUAUUGGGAACCCAGGCUUUGUUAGUUAUAGUCCUACAUGGUUGCUACACAUUCUUUUUAGGGAACUGAGUCUUCUUUUUACUCACAUACAGGGCCACCAUCAGGGGGCACAGGGGAGACAGUUGUCCUGGGCUCUGCAAGGUUUUGUGUCUAAGGGAAAAUGCUUUACUUACUUGAUUAGCCCUGCCCCCUGCUUUCAGCAUGCUGCCAGUUUCAGAAAAUAGGACAGCAGCUCCUGCAUGAAAGAUUUUUCUCCUAUUCAGAUUUUCUAUACCGUCAUUGGCUCUUUAAGGAUAAAAAAGAAAAAAAAAAACAGUAGCUGCUGUCCUAUUUUCCGAAGCU